GGCUGAGCCACGCAUGUGUGGCUGCUCUAUCGUACAUCCCCUCUUGCGCCUUAGGCAGACAAGUUAAUACCCCGGUCUAUACAGGGUAUAUAGAGAGUAUGCGUUCCCUUCAAAAUAUCGUACGAGUAUGCACUCUCAAAGAACACUUGACCUCCUAGAUACCAACUCGUAAAAUCAUUACUAUGUCUUCUCUAUACCCACGACCCCAAGCAACCUUCCUUCCGCACCUCUCUGAGAUCAUCCAACUCUACCCAGAAGCAGAACCAUGGUGCGCAGGAUACGCUCCAUCACGAGGUCGUCGCUGCCACAUGUCAACAAAUGCUCGGAACCGAACAACAGCCAUGUGUUUAUUAGACGAUGGGACUAAAGACCUCUAUUCGGGUCGAGACAUCAGCGACCUGCUCGAGGACCUGGCUCCUUACGUUCUGUGCACGCGGUUUCACAAGAAUCAGGCCCCUGAACUUACCGCAAAAUGGAAGACGCGAGUCCAACGGUUCUUGGACGCCUAUGUGCUUCCUGCGACUACCCAACGAGCUGCUGGGGGGCGCCGACAGACUAGCACUCUGCCAAAGUCUAGGCAAAGUGUAGAGGUCGAAUAUUUCCAUCGGGAGAAAUGGCUCCCAGUCCGCGUUGGGGAACCUGAACGUCUACGGGCUACUCGACUGGCACCGGCGGCUUCGCAAGGAAUUCUCGUCAAUGAGCGCGUCACUCAAACUGCAAGCUCCACCAAUAGAUUACGCGGGCUCUCUACGCGCAGUGCUGCAGCUCCAACGCGGGAAAUAACGAAUAGAACAAGAGCAGUGGCUUCCUACUCCCUAACAGGCCGCCAGGUUGCCUCGUCUGCGGCAUCAGAGCAUAGACUAUCGAACAUACCAACAGCGGCUAUUCGUGCGACCUCCAGUAAUGUUCGCCCUGGUAGUGGCUCAAGCGCCGCUGUGUCCUCCACGACAUCCUCGUGUUCUGGAGACACUACUCGCCGAUCUAUUGAAGGAGACUGUACCAUCUGCUUUGACCCCUUGAAAAAGACUGCUCGCUUUGGAGCUGAUGAUGGUGCUCACCAUGGUACGGAAGACGAGGGAGAACAGCAGGAAUUAUCCUGGUGCAAAGCCCGAUGUGGAGUCAACUACCAUGCGGCCUGCAUUGAAAUGUGGUUGAAGGCCUCCCCUAAAUCUACGUGUCCGACGUGUCGGAGUGCAUGGAAGGAUUAGGACUAAAUUUUCUUGUUUCGAUUUGUACCAUGUGCGUUAAGGGCUUGGUUUGGUAGACUAAACCCAAGGACCUGUAUAUCUGAUCCCGAAUACCCCGACUAGAGCGGUCGAAAGCUUGAUAGCAUCCUUCAACAGACCUAAUAAGUGAACAGGCUUGCAAGCAGAGUGACUAUAGAUAUAAUAUAAAUAGUUCUAUCACUACUGGUUAUAUUAUCUAAGUAGAGUAAGUGAUAGUUAGUUAGGUUAAGAUAUAGUAUUGCUGUGUAGUCUUAGGCACCUGUCUACUUUAGGUCUGGUACUGUUUAUUUG